AUGAAUUAAAUAGAUGNUUAGUAUAAAGAUUAAAAGAAAGCUAAAGAUUUAAUGUUGAAAGAUAUAGAAUUAAUUAGAAUUAAUAUAGGCAAACCUUUUUUGGCAAUAGGAGAUAUAAUGAUUAAAUUUAAUCAUAAUGGUAUUAUUAUAAAAAACAAUAAUGAGGCCAUUUUGAAGUAGAACCAAUGUUUCGAGUUUCUUUUAAUACUGCCUUUAUUGAAGACAAGUAAAAUUAUAUUAAAUGAAUAAGUAAAUUGAUUUUAAGGAAUGAAGAUUUAGAUCCUUCCAAAUUACAAAAAGAUGAUAGAUUUCCUGCUGAUUUGAAUGUUGAGAUUCAGUUUAAAGAUUUCUGUAAAUGCACAAAUGAAAUAUAAUUUAAUUAAAGGUGUAAAAGUUGUUCAAACUUAUCUAAACAACUUUGCCCUGAUUGGGAACUAAUCUAGAACAUUCUAAAUGACUACAUUAAGCAUACUAUUGAAGAGUCUUAAAUCUUAUUAUUUGGAGAUGCUGCAUUUGACAAUCUCAAUGAUGUGAAAUAUCAAACAUGUAAAAUAAUUACUAUAAAUUUAUAGUUUAAGGAGGACGUGCUCGAACUGAUAUUAUUAAAGAUAUCGAUGAUGAUUUUUGA